AUUGUGCAGAGCAGAGCCCUGCAGCCACCCAGCUCCAGCCCCGCUCGCCAUGCCAACGUCCCGCAGCACCAUGAAGGGCUCCGCAGCGGCCCUGGCCGCUCUGCUCCUCCUGGCCCUCUGCUCCUCGGCUGUGGCCCAACUGCUGGAUUCAGAUGGCCUACCCACAACCUGCUGCUUGUCCUACGUUCAACGUCCCGUCCCACGCAACCUCAUUGCCUCCGCCUACAUCACCAGCAGCAAAUGCCGCCUGCCAGCGGUGAUCCUGGUGACCAAGAAAGGGAAGGAGAUAUGUGUAAACCCCGAGGAGUCCUGGGUGCAGAAACGCCUGGAACUCUUGCAGAACCAGGAAAACUGACCUUUUGUGGAAUCACAGAAUCAUUAAAUGGUUGGAUUGGAAGGGAGUUCACAGCAAACCCAGCUCCAAUCCCUGCUCUAGGCUCCUGCCUGCCCCCCCCCCAGCAAGCUCAGGCUGCCCAGGGCCCAUCCUGCCUCGUCUUGGGCAUCUCCAGGGCUGCGGCACCCACAUCUCUCUGGACAGCAGUGCCAGCAUCUCCCCAUCCUUCCCUCCUACUGUCCCACCAACGCUAAGGAAGUGAAAAUACAGAGAUGAUUCAGAACACAACAAAAUGCUUGUGGAGGAGUCAGGAGCUCUGAUGCCUAAAUAAAAUUCUUGCAUUUGAAAA